UCGUUUCCUUUGACGGCUGGAACACGGAGUGGAAUCGCUGCGUCUGUGAUCCACGAGAGAUCAGAGAUCGAACAUUGCCUGAUCGGAAAAGAAAGCGAAGAAACCUUCCCCUUCGGUAAUACAACUGGACCUGACGAGACUGAUUUGCCCCACUGCCCAGCUUGUGGUCCAACCCACAUGACUGGGAGAUCUGUCCAGGAUGGUCUCCCCAGCACAAGCACAAGUGCAAGAGGAUCAGAAGAUGAUAUGCCUCUAAAUGGCAGCAAUUCUUCAUUCAGUAAAAGUGAACCAGAUGAAUGUAACAUAGUGGAGGAUGAAAGGCCAGGCGUUGAGGCUAACAAGAAGAUCAACAAAGGGGGCAGUGGAAUGAAUCAGAUGGAUAAUGCCGUAGCAGACCUAAAAAGUGCCAACGAUAAUGAUUCAAAUGCAGAUCAGGCUAAAGUGACUGCCACUGGGCGAUCUUUUAAAGUCGCAGACAUUCCAAUUAAAGUGAAGAGUAAAAUCUGUCUUAAACUUAAUGUAGAAGAUAAUUAUUAUUUUAAUGAUUAUCGCUUACUUGGAGAGAAAAUGGGAUAUGAUCAAGAUGUAAUAAAAAAUUUAAAACGGUCAGCACAUCCUACCCAUGAUCUUCUUGACAUGUGGUCUGUUAAGCGUGAGGCAACUGUGGAGAAGCUCAUAGAGUUUCUUAGAGAGGAUGAUAUGGAUAGAGAUGAUGUUGCAACCAUUCUUGAAGACUGGUUGAAAAAAGAGAUUUCAAAUACUUGAGGUAUUGACAAAUUUUAUUAUUUUUGCUUAGGGGUUUUUGUUUUUCUCUUAGAAAAAGCUAUGUUCAUUUAAUAGUGUUUUACAUUACGUUAAAAUAGAUAUUAAAAUCCUUUUUGUUUUUAUUUGUCAA